AAUAUCAGAUCAAAACACAAAAGUUUGUAUUUAUUUUUUUCUUUUCUUUUUACAACCUAAUCCUCUGACAGUAUUAAGUAUAUAAUUAAAUUAUCAAUAAUUUGAAAGCAUUUAAGGCAAUUCAAUCGGCCGGAAUUCAAUCAUGCCGUUCUGUAAGGUCAUCAACGACGAACGCAGCUCCGACCCAGCACUCAACAAUGGGAUUCAGAUUUUCUACAGAACGUACGGUCGUGGGCAAACCAAAGUCCUGCUUAUCAUCGGAUUGGCGGGGACCCAUGAUUCUUGGGGUCCACAAAUCAAGGGUCUGACGGGCACCGACAAUCCAAACGAAGAUGAUACCGUAGCCAGUGAUGCCAAACCCUGCGGAGGCGACAAUGAGAGCGGUGGCGGCGACGGUGGAAUCGAGGUGUGUGCCUUUGAUAACCGCGGUAUGGGUCGAAGUUCCGUUCCCACCAUAAAAUCGGAAUAUACAACAAGCGUAAUGGCUAAAGAUGCAAUUGCAUUGUUGGAUCAUCUGGGGUGGAAGAAAGCCCAUGUUUUUGGGCAUUCAAUGGGAGCUAUGAUUGCUUGCAAGCUUGCAGCAAUGGUGCCAGAUAGAGUUCUGUCUUUGGCAUUACUUAAUGUCACUGGAGGAGGGUUUGAAUGCUUUCCAAAGUUUGAUCGUCAGACCAUAUCAAUUGCAAUUCGUUUUCUUAGAGCAAAAACCCCUGAACAAAGGGCAGCUGUUGACUUGGACACACACUAUACAAAGGAAUAUCUUGAGGAAUAUGUUGGACCUAACACCAGAAGAUCAAUUUUGUAUCAAGAAUAUGUAAAGGGUAUAACAGCCACUGGGAUGCAGUCAAAUUAUGGUUUUGACGGUCAAGUCAAUGCUUGUUGGAAUCAUAAAAUGAAAAGAACAGAAAUUGAACUGAUACGUACCGGUGGAUUUCUUUUAUCAAUCGUCCAUGGAAGGCAAGAUGUCAUUGCUCGAGUAAGUCAUGCAAGGAGGCUUGCUGAGAAGUUGCAGCCUGCUGCUAGAAUGGUAGAGCUUCCUGGGGGGCAUCUGGUCAGUCAUGAGAGGACCGAAGAGGUUAAUCAAGCUCUUCUUGACUUGAUCAAGGCAUCAGAAAAGAAGAUUAGCCCACUUGAUUGGACUAAUUUUCCCCUGGAAAGUUCUGAAUGUCUGAGUAGGAAGAUAUCAUUUGGUGGAACCACAGAGGGAGAAAGGACUCUAUUUAUAGAAAAAAUCUAUAUUUGCCUAUUAUACCUAUUUAGCCUACUUGUAAUCCCAUUGAAGUAUGGAAGAAGAGCUCUGCAAGGCUCAAAACCAAAUAGAGUUGGAGCUACCCUCACAUAGUCAAUCAACCCUCUUGUUUUAUUGGGAUCCAUUGACUUCUAAACUUAGCGGCACAACAAUACGAGCAGCCAGCUAACAGGAUAUUGAUCAAUAAACCAACUGAAGAAUAACCAAAGUUUGGAAUGACAAAAAGUUUGUAAAUGGCAGACAUUAAAACAAGCCAAUAUCAGUAUAGAUUACCGUACACCAAAGUGCAGGAAUAAGCUUGGGGCUGGAUGGUUUUAACUCCACCCUCCACGCUUGGAUUGAAUUUUGGGUCAAACAUGUCAUGUAAAAGAAGGAAGACUAGGAACAAUCUUCCCCCAAAGAACACGUUUGAAGAAAAGAACCCCCCCUGUGCUUUAUGUGUUUUAUGUAUGCUUGAAGCGCAGGCCAAAAACAGAAUGCAAAUAACAACAUGAUGCGAUA